AUGACCGUUCCAGGCACCGAGUCGGAGCCCUCGCGGCCGAUGACCUCGGAGGAGCUCAGGGCCGCGAUCAUUAAAGCCUGUUUCUUGUACAGCCAAGACGAAAUUAGAGAGAUCAAACCCCGAAAAGUCCGAGUGCUAUGCGUAUGCUUCGAGGCAGACAAGGACAGUCACCCCAACGUCGAAAGCACCAGUGAGCAAGUACGAGAUGUCUUCAAAAACACUUAUGGCUACGACACCGUCGGUCUCAUGAUCCGGGAAGAAGACAAAGCCCCCCAAACAACAUUGACAUCAGCUCUCAGAGGUCUAUUCAUCGGCAUGGACGAAGACUGUGUGGCUAUCCUGCACUACAUUGGUCACGGAGGGCAUGGCCAAAAAUUCGUCUUCCCUUCAUUAAGGCAUGACAAGAUCGAUCCUUGGGAAGCCAACGUCUUGAUUCUCUUCGACUGCUGUUGUGCCGUUGACAUUGGCGGUUAUAUAGGCCAUCGCAAAGAGUUGAUCUACGCCUACGCUUCUGAGGAAAACGCAUGUGGUGAUGGUCUUGGUUGCGAACGCGGCUUUAGUAGAAAUCUUGCACAGGAACUAAAGCAUGCUCAUGAAUGUGGACAUGUCUUAUCUACGUCACAACUCUACAGUCGUCUGGCUACAAAGAAUUUCACAAUGAAGGAAUCUUGGGAAACGGAACUGGAUUCUCUGCCCCAUUUCAUUCGACACCCUCGAGAUCACGGACCGUCCCUUCUACUGCAACCCAUGCGGCAUAGAAACAACAUGAACCUGACCCCAGCCCCUUGCCAGACUUUGGGCGCCCAGGCAGCUGACGUCGUUUUGUCAGUUCAAAUUGAGAAUGGCGGGUGGCAAGCAUUACACGCCGUUCAGUCUUGGGUCCAGAGACACCCAUUGACUGAAGGCCGUGUCCGAGUCGACGAGCUGUACAAGAGAACGGACAAAUGUAUCCUCGUCGUCACCUUCCAGGUGUGGUAUAACCUACCGGCCCAUCCAGCCAUGACUCUGACCGGUUUUGAGUUCAAGCGGACGACUGGUAGUCGAACUGGCUCUGAGACAAAACAAACAGCAAAGACGCCCGACUGCUGA